AUGACAGGACGGGAGAACAGAACAGGACGGGAGAACAGAGUAGGACGGGUGAAGAGGGUAGGACUGGAAAACAGGAUAGGACGGGAGAGCAGGAUAGGACGGAAGAACAGAUUAGGACGGGAGAACAGAAUAAGACGGAAGAACAAAAUAGGACGGGAGAACAGGAUAGGACGGAAGAACACGGUAGGACGGAAGAACAGGGUAGGACGGAUGAACAGGGUAGGCCGAGAGAACAGAGUAGGACGGAAGAACGUAGUAGGACGGGAGAACAGAGUAGGACGGGUGAACAGGAUAGGACGGGAGAACAGGAUAGGACGGGAGAACAGGAUAGGACGGGAGAACAGAGUAGGACGGGAGAACAGGAUAGGACGGGAGAUCAGGGUAGGACGGGUGAAAGGGAUAGAACGGGAGAACAGGGUAGGACGGGUAGGAAGAAAAGAGAUGGAUGAGUAA